UGAGGUCCUAUGCCUUGCCAGGCCUCGCAGUGGCCUAUUGAGCAUGUGCGGGACCUCUAAAAUGGCCGUUGCACUGAUCUUUCUAGGCCCGAACAGGCCUGAAAAUCAGCCCAGGAUGGGCUGCAGUGGUGAUCUGAGAGGCUGGCAGGGGAGGGGAACCUUUGCAGACUCCUCCCUCCCACGGCCUUUAGGAAGGUGCCUCAGGGGGCUACAGAGACAUCCUGCCGUUGAGGAGAGUACAGAACAGAACAACAAAGCAUUGUUUCUACAGAGCCCAGUGACCCCUCCUUCCUGGCUCUGAGUUGUAGCAUCUUCGGCAAGGGUGACUUCCAUUCAAAUCCUGAACUGCCUCACUUCUGGAUCAUGCUAGACCACAGAUAGGGGUUGGCAGGGCAGGCUGAGGUCCAUCACUAAAGAGGAAGGAUACUGCCUCACUUACCGACAAAGAGUGCUGCCACCCUUGAGACUGCUGGCAGAUUGUUGGAGGAAGGAAGCAUGCAGCUGAAGGCAGCACCACGCACCAGAUCCUUCUUGUACUUUUUUGUCUAACAGAAACAAAAAAAGAGAGGCAGUUCUGUGCAUGCAAGACAACACUCUGUUGGAGAUAAGAGUUCCAGUGCAUUGACCUUUUGCACAGACUAUCCCGAUGACCACUAGGGGCAUUGGGAGUAGAAAUAGGAACAACCUUUGGUCUAUUAUUCAGACUGCUGGCAACUUGAAGAGCCAGAGAAGGAACAGCCCACGGGUGGUUCAGGCUUUCCAUCUGCCCUCAGUUUAGCUCUUUACCCCAGGAGGACCAUGGCCCCCCUUCUAGCCUCAACACCACUGUUCAGUCCAGUGUGGAAGCCAAGUCAAAAGCAAAUGGCAAUGAGCAGCUGAGGGGCACACAAGGCGGCCUGGGAACUCUGAUCACACUGAGCAACUGCAUUUAAAGAUACCGUGGCCUUGGGUUUACUGAACUGCCUAGGAAGAUAAGACGCUGAAGGCUGACGCUGAAGGUUGAAAGCUGCACGCGAUGGGAGCAAAGCACAGAAAGAAAUUCUCCAAAGAUUAAAAAAAGGUGGGAAAAUGCCCCGUCCCACAUUAAACAACUUCUUGACUAAAAGGGAAGAACACCCCCACAGAAAGGAAUGAACCACUUUUCACUCAGCUUCCUCAAUCCGUUCCACUAAAUGAUAAUCAGAAGGGAAAUGUGGAGGAUGCUUUCGUGCUGCUGAAUUCCUCAGUGAACCCAGAAUCCUUACUACGUAUGAAGAACCAUCUGGCUAAAUGGGAUAUUUAUCCCAGAUGAGUUUUCAUGGAGCUUAGGAAGCUAAAUGCAAUUCACACAGGGGCCUCUCUGAAGAACUCAAGGGUGUCUAGGGUGAACAUAGAGAAGCCUUCCACGAGCUAUCUAUCUAGAAGGCAUUCCACUAGGGGGCAUCAGGUCAUAUAUAAAACAGAUCAGAUAGACAGUAUUGCCUGUCGAUCUAGACAUCGUCCUAUGCUCAGAUAUGACUGUUUGGGCUGCAGCCAUCUUGGAGUGGAUUGCCAAAUGCGUCUUAUAACUCAGCUUAUUCCUCUGAUGCCAUGUCCAGAGUCUUCCCACCGGGAUAUGCUUCUGUGCGAUAUGUUCAGCCAUCCUGGUGAUUUAGUCACACAUGAGCCUUCUCUUCCUACAGGCUCGAAACAUAGUGUUUCUGGUUGUAAUUGUGUAAAUUGGAGUUUUAUUAGUUGGAUUAUAGCGGAGUGGGCUGGGAAAAGAUGUAACCUAGCAUUUUUAUCUUUUUUACAAAAGUAGGAUGUGUUACUGCUGCAGGAAACAUGGUCUAAGGAAGAUUUAAAUAUCAACGGCUAUGUGAUUUAUAAAUUGUUGCCCACUCUGACUCCAAUAGGGGAAGACUCAAAGGGGGCUUGACUUGCUGUGUUUUGCUUUCCUUAGAAGAGGACUCUCUAUGGUUGCUUGACUUUUUUCCUUUUGCAAUGGCUGUUCUCAUUAAAACCCCAUGUGAGGACAUAUUGUUAAUUAAUGUUUGCAUCCCCCCCCCCCAGUUCCUCUUAUGGCCCUAUGGCUGCCAUUUAUCAACUGGACUCUUAUAUCCUGGAAACUAGUUUGAAGAUCCCGUGCGCUGAGAUUCUGCUCUCGGGUGAUUUCAAUGCAAGAUGUGGCCCGGAUAAUAAUGCAGUAAUCGCCUCCCAUUUGUGGAGUGGGGGUGAUAACUCAGAUGGUUCCUUUACUCAUAUUUGCUUAUCUAAAGAUAGAGUCCUUAAUAAGGCAGGGGCUAAAUUGUUACAUCUUGCUAGAUCUUUUGAUCUGAUUCCUUUAAAUGGUACUGUCCCCCCUGUCAUCCCAGGUGAAUUUACAUAUUUAUCCUCUUGUGGCAGCAGUGUGGUGGACUAUAUUUUGGUUUCUCCCCUGCUGUUUAAUUGGGUCGUACUGUUUGAAGUGGGCGAUCAAGCUUUUAGAGAUCACCUGCCCCUUCUUUUUUGCCUUGAUAUACCACAAGCUAGAAAAGAUUGUUUUAUUUCUAGCUCAGUUGAAUCCUUCCCUACUAAAAUGGGAUGGAAGGUAAAAUGGUCACCUGAUGUGGAAAGGGCAUUGAAUACCCUGUAUUCUUCUGCAGUUGGCAUUGAGUUAUAUAACUGUGUUGUGCAGGCCCCGUCGGGAGCGCUAGCAAUCUCCUGUUAUGAGAAGCUUGAGGCUGAGGUUUCGCAAAAGAUCCUGACUACAGGUCAACUGCACUCUUUUAAGAGAGGUAGGAUGAAUGACUCUAAUGAGCGGUUUGACUCCCAGUGCAGGGAUCUGUUUCCCAGGCUGAGGGGCAUAUAUAGGGAAUACAGAGCUGGUUCCAACCAAGUGCUCCCUCUAGAAUAUUUCACAACUAAGAAAGCUUAUAAAAUAUGUGUGAGGUCUGCCAAGUCCCAGGCACAGAAAAACAUCUGGAGGAGAUUAAUUUUGGCCACUCAUAAUAAGGAUAGUGGUGCCUUCUGGCACAUUAUUUCAGGUUCUACAUAUCCUAGAGUGCUUUCUGUGGUUCCCGCACCCGCUUGGGUAGCCCACUUUCAUGCUCCCUUUAAUGGAGCUUUGGCCUCUUUGGGUAAUGAUCCCUCCACCCCUGAGAAGUUGCCCUUGUGGCCACCUCUUACACUGGAUGAUACAGUUAAUCUAGUUAGAGGUCUAAAGAAAAGGAAAGCGCCUGGUUCUGAUCUCAUUUUCCCUGUAGACAGUAUUAGGUAACCUUGAUUGGUGGGCUCAUGUCCUAGCCAGUUUGUUUACCUCGAUUAAUAACAGGUGUUAUUCCCUCUUCCUGGAGUGAGGCCAUUGUGGUCCCUAUUUAUAAACAUGGCUCCCCCUCCAUCCCUUCCAACUAUAGACCCAUUAGCUUGUUAUCGGUGAUAGGCAAACUUUACGCCCGUUAUCUUUUGGAUAAGUUGGAGGGCUGGACGCUGGAGUACCAUAUUCUAGGCCCCGAGCAGGCGGGAUUCAGGGCUGGCCACUCGACGCUAGAUCACAGUAUGGUAUUAUACCAUCUGGCAUGCAAGUACACAGGGUAAACUCUUUGUCACAUUCAUGGAUUUGUGAGCUGCUUUUGAUUCCAUACCAAGAGAGGUACUAUGGGCUAAACUUCUUUUGUUGUUUGUAGUGAAAUAUCUAUUGAUAAAAGGCUCUUAUUCCUAAUCAGACGACUUUAUGCCAAUUCCACAAUCAAAGUUAGAUAUGAUCCUUCAGGGGCCCUAACUGAGCAUAUUCCUACCACCCGAGGAGUCAGGCAAGCUUGUCUGCUGGCACCUGCAUUGUUUAAUUUAUUUAUUAAUGACCUGGUCCAGGUUUUGGGAAGGGCGGAUGCCCAUUCUCCUAAACUGGCAGAUGUAAGAGCACUGGCGUUGUUAUAUGCUGAUGACAUGGCGUUUUUAUCUCAGUCUCGGCUUGGCUUAAUGAGACUCUUGGAGGCGUUUGCCAAGUAUUGUAAUAUAAACAAACUUUCCAUUAACUUUGAUAAAUCAAAGGUUUUGGUAUCUCGAAUUCUAGGAAAGUUUAUAAAUGGAGGAUCAACCAGACCAGUAUAGAACAAGUCACCAAGUUCAAAUACCUUCGGAUCUAUUUCCAAUCCAACUUGAACUGGAAAUUGCAGCAGUUACACUUUCUCUCCCUGGCACGUAACACACUAUAUGCCUUUUUGCGCUUUUUUAAUGGAAAAGGCGGCCAAUUUAUACCUAUGGCUUUGCGAGUGUUUCGAGCCAAGAUUGUGGCUCAAAUGCUCUUCAGAGUCGCUAUCUGGAUCCAAGGGGUACAUCCAGAUAUCGAAUUGAUCCAGUCUAGAUUCCUUAGAGCCAUUUUCAGAGUUCCCAAAUGUGUAUCUUCUGCUGCUUUAUGUUUGGAGACCGGCUCUUAUCCGAUCUCCUGUUUAGCUUGGGAGGCCUCAUUCACACGCUGGCUCAAACUCUGUUUGGGACCCUGAGGGACCUUCAUAUGUUCAACAUAUGUGGACAGACACCUUCCCUAAUCCAUGGUUGUCUGUUGUCACCAACAAAUUGUUGGGCAUGGGGCUUUCCCCCUCUCACAUUUUCUCCUUGGGUUUUGUAAAGGCGAAGGCUAUUGCCAUUCAGCACCUAAAGGAUAUUGAGUACCAACACCUACUUGACCUUGGAAACAAAUAUGGUUCCCCUUUGUACCUUGGCAUUUCCCCUCCAGCUGGAAAACAGGCUGCUAGUUAUCUAACCAUUCUUCAUUUUGUUAAAUUUAGGCCAGCCUUUGCUAGGGCUAGGCUGAAUGUAUUACCUUCAGCCUUGCUUCAAAAGAGGUCCUCUAAAGAACCCCCUGUUUCCGGGUUGUGUCUAUGUGGGGAGGGUAGUUUGGAAACAGUCACUCAUAUUCCUUUAUACUGUUCCCUUUAUCGUGAUUCUAGGAAUGAAUUACUGCAUCUAUGACUAGAGCAAUUCCUUGGUAGGUCUGAUCCUUUUUAUCUUAAUUGUUGUUUAGCUGAUACCAAUGAUGAAGUCACCAAAGUGUUAGCCAAAUUUAUUUAUGGGGCGAUGAGACAGACAUCCCGCCACAGACUUUUAUAAGUUUGAUCUUAUGGUAGUUUUAGUCUUACCUGUAUGUAUUGUUAUAUUUAUUCUGCUUAUUGUAAUUCUGAAUGGCUGUGUUAUUGUCACUUUUGUUUUUGUUUGGCCUAUGGCUGCAAUAAAAGAACUACUACUACUACUA